AUGGGACUGACUGAGGGACGGGGGUCCCGCCCCACUCCUCCAAGCCUCUCCCUGGCGACUCGACCCUCGGACCCUCGGACCCUCGGACCCUCGGAACAGGAGCUGGUUCUGCUCCGGGCUGUGAGAACCUGCGAGCCCACCCAGGAAGCUUCUCCAAUCCAGCAGGAGUUCCCAGCCCCACCCCUGGAGCCUGUUACAGAGACAAGACUGCUCCAGCCCAGCAGGGGGCCCCAGCCAGCCUCUGAGCCACCUGGGGAGGCGGCAGCACGGUCUCCUGUGCGUCAUGAACCGACAGCUCCAGCUCUCGAGCUGAAGCUGGAAUUCAAACUGGUCACCGGUAAACCUUCCCAUCUGGGCCUCCCCGUAAUUCCAGCAGCUACGACGGAGGCUGGACGUCGCACGGCUGCAGCAGACGUGCAGGGGAACCCAGCCAGCCUCCCGAGCCACCUGAGGAGGUCACGGUACAGCCUGCAUGGGAUCGGGCUGCAGCAGUUCCAAGUGCAGCUCAGGGCUCUAGCUCAGGACCCAACGUUGCCCCGCAGAGUCGGGGCCCAGGCCUCGAGGCUGCAGCGCCGGGAGUGCCCCGGCCCCUCCCCGCCCACUCCGGUGUCUGGAGGUGAAGGCUACCGGGACCUGCCCUUUGGAGACACGAUGGCGUGGGCACGUGGGCAGAGGCUGCCGCAGUUAACCCUGCGUCACUGUGAAGAGGACAGUCCCAAGGGUUUGAAACGCAAAACCAGACGUCACCUCUGGUCUUUCUGGACUGAACUUCCACAGGGCUUCACUCAGCACCUGCCGACUGCAGGCGCGGCCUGGGGGCCUCCAGUUUGACGCCACGCUGCGCCCCUUUGUGACUGUGUUUUCACCCCGGCAACCUCUGGCCUGUUCUUGUGUUCUUCUUCUCUAAAUUAUAAACCUACAUCCCAAAUAUCUUCCCCCUCAGUCAUGCCCUGCAGGUACGAUUUAAGAGGCUGGUCAUCCGCCCAGCCACUUCCUAAACUCUGCCACCCUGGGCCAGCUACUUGGCCCCCGUCUCAGUUUCCUCACUUGUGACUGGGUAUGACAGUCGCCACCUGAGAGCACACUGUGCUGAUCAACUGGCCGAGGCGCCUGGUGCGCAGCACGCACUAAGGGAGUGCGGGCCAUGAGGCGCCCUCUGGCCUCGGGGUCGGGCCACGUGCUGCGCACGCAGCGGACGCCACUGCGUGUCUCUCGUGCCUCCUGCGAGGCCGUGGCUGUGUCUCACCUCUGCACCUCUAAUACCUCACCCAGCGCGCAGAGGGCGCUCAGCAAGCUGCUAGCCGGCCCUGAGGAGCCCGGGUCGCGGAGGAAGCCAGUGUCGAGAACGGUCCCCACACCGGGGCCUCCGGCAGGAGGGCGCGCGUCCCGCCCCGC